AUGAUUGAUCAAGUGAUGCUCUUGCUCCAUCACAAAUUCAUGGCUCCAUUAAUGGCAGAGGAGCCACUGCACUAUCUACUCGGGCUCGCCAUCCUCUUCUUCUUCCUCCUCCUGCUUCUUGUGGUACAGUACUACUACCUGUCUGCAGCAACGACGAGAUCACCGGCGGCGACCAGCAAGAUCGUGCUGCCACCGUCGCCUCCGAGGCUCCCGGUGAUAGGGCACAUGCACCUCGUCGGCUCCAGCCCUCACGUCUCCCUCGCCAGCCUCGCCAGCGAGCACGCCGCCGACGGCCUCAUUCUCCUCCAGCUCGGCCAGGUGCGCAACCUCGUCGUGUCGUCCGCCCGCGCCGCGGAGGCCGUCCUCCGCACGCACGACCACGUCUUCGCGUCGCGGCCGCGCUCCGCCAUCGCCGACAUCCUCGCCUACGGCUCGUCCAACAUCGCCUUCUCCCCCUACGGCGAGUACUGGCGCAAGGCGAGGAAGCUCGUCGUGACGCACCUGCUCAGCCCCAAGAAGGUCCACUCGCUCUCGCUCCGCCGUGGCCGCGAGGAGGAGGUGAGCCUGGUCGUCGCCAAGCUCCACGAGGCGGCCGCCGCGCGCGCCGCCGUCGACAUGAGGGAGCUGCUCGGCUCCUUCACCAACGGCGUCCUGGGCUGGGCCGUGGCCGGGAGGUCCUUCCGGCGAGAAGGCCGGAACCAGCUGUUCAUGGAGCUCGCCGCCGGCAACGCUGAUCAGUAUGCCGGGUUCAACUUGGAAGAUUACUUCCCGAGCUUGGCGAAGGUAGAUGUGCUCCGGCGAGUGGUGAGCGCCGACACGAAGAAGCUGAGGGACAAAUGGCACAGGGUUCUCGAUGAGAUCGUCACCGAGCAUCAAAACAAAUCGUCGCUUCAUCAUCACCAUCAUCAUCAAGAACAAGACUCAGAUUUCGUAGAUAUUCUGCUCUCUCGUCAACAAGAGUACAAUCUCACCAGAGAGAAUAUCCACGCCAUCUUGAUGGACAUGUUUGCAGCAGGAACAGACACCUCAUAUAUAACUCUUGAAUUUGCCAUGGUCGAGCUCAUAAGAAAACCCCAUCUCAUGACCAAGCUACAAGACGAGGUUAGAAAGAUGACAACCGAGGCUAGCAAGAUGGUGUAUGAAGAUGACAUGGACAAUAUGCCCUACCUAAAGGCCGUUAUAAAAGAGACUCUCCGAUUGCACCCACCAGUUCCGCUUCUCCUCCCACGCCUCUCUAUGGCCCAAUGUGAUGUGUAUGGUUAUACAAUCCCAACCAACACACGUGUCAUCGUUAAUGUAUGGGCUCUUGGUAGAGAUGCUAACUAUUGGGAGAAGCCAGAAGAUUUUAUGCCAGAGAGAUUUAUGGACAGUACAAACACUACAAAUCAUGUUGAUUUUAAAGGAACGGACUUUCAAUUUAUCCCAUUUGGAGCUGGACGAAGGAUGUGUCCGGGGAUGAAUUUUGGACUGUCAUCUGUGGAGCUCAUGCUGGCAAACCUUAUGUAUUGCUUUAACUGGGAUCUUCCGGCUGGGAUGGACAAAGAUGAUGUUGAUAUGACAGAUGUGUUUGCACUCACAAUGGGCCGAAAGGAGAGGCUCCAUCUCAUCCCAAGAUUACACGCUCUCAAUUAGCUCACAUAAAAAGAACUCCAAGCAUGAGUAAUGUAUUAAUUAACCAUCUAUCCCAAGUAAUUAACUGUAUGAAUAUCUGCUAUAAGCUAUAGUGUAAUAAUAAUCAAAGGCUAUGUUUUAAAUAAAGAUGUUCAAUAAUAUACGCCACAAUAUAUAUGUACAUUUGAUCACCAAAUGAAUGAAUA